AAGGAAGAAAGAAAAAAAAAGAAUUGUAUGAAGUGAACCUUUGUCUUGACCGGUGCAGAGCUCACAUCUCAACAAUCCGAUAAUGGCGAUUUCUUUCGUAAUUGAUCCUUCAAUUUCUCCUUGCUUCACCUUAUCUGCUUCUUCUUCUUCUUUAAGGAGAACACUUCCCCUACGAAACCUUCAUUUCCAUGGCAAACCUUCACCAUCUCCAAUGAAUUCGAAACCCAAUCGAAGAUUCCCAAUCUUGUAUCCAAACAAUCGAAGCAGCUACGUAGCAUCUGUCUCUGCUCACCAACACCAAGCUUCUUCUUCUACUAGUAGUAACAGUGAAGAAGCGAAUUCAAAGUACCCAACAGAUGUGAAAACCCUAAUUGGGGUUUAUAAAGAAGCUCUCUUUAAUGGAGACGAAACCUCAGUCUCAGAAAUCGAAACCAUGCUUUGUAAAAUCGAGAAGGAGAAGAACAAAAUGGAUCACAAGGUUUUGUCAUUGUCAAUGAAGAUAGCUUCAGAGAAAGAGAUGAAAAUCCGAUUAACUGCUGAUUUUGAGAAUACAAGGAAGAAGCUUGAUAAGGAUAGGCUUAGUACAGAGUCUAAUGCCAAAGUUCAGAUUAUGAAGAGUCUUUUACCAAUUAUUGAUAGUUUCGAGAAAGCUAAGCUUCAGGUUCAAGUUGAUACCGAUAAGGAGAAGAAGAUCGAUACGAGUUAUCAGGGGAUCUAUAGGCAGUUCGUUGAGGUUUUGAGACAUCUUCGUGUUGCUGCUAUUGCAACUGUUGGGAAGCCCUUUGAUCCUUUGUUGCACGAGGCUAUAUCACGAGAAGAAUCUGAGACGGUUAAAGCAGGGGUAAUAACCGAGGAGCUGAACCGGGGAUUUCUUCUAGGAGAUCGUGUUCUGAGACCAGCAAAGGUUAAAGUUUCUUUAGGACCCCGCCAACAAGAAGACUCCUUCAGCUGCUCCUGAGGAGAUAACACCUUCUGCUUGAGUCUUGAUGUUGGGUAUAAUUUUCAGUGUCAGUCCAUUUUUUAUUCACCUAUCAAGGGGAUAAGAAAAACGCAGCUUAUGUCAGAAUGGGAAAGUUCUUUGGCUGCUGAGAUUAUGUUAUACAACUUGGUUGGCCAUGGUUUGGAUUCAUAGCUUUGAUUUCUUUGUUGUAGUAUGUUGGUGAAAACAUCAUUUGUUCAAAGUAUCUUCUCUCUCGCAACAAUUUAGAAUCAUAUGAAGACUUGUAUCCAAGUAA